UCCUCCCUACUGUCUAACUCCUACUUGUCUCAUUUCCGCAUUUUGCACUGUUCAGAUCGCCACAUUUAAACAUUUAUAAUAAAAGGAAGUCAAAUAGUUUCCUGCUGCAAAAUCCAAAGCUUGUCAUUUAGAAAAAAUGAGCAGCCAAGUUCCUCUGGUCAAUGUGGAAACGUGGAUAACUGAAAACCAAGAUGCUUUUCUACCACCAGUGUGCAACAAGCUGAUGCACUUUUCGCAGUUGCUUGUCAUGUUUGUUGGGGGUCCUAACACCAGAAAGGAUUAUCAUAUAGAGGAAGGGGAGGAGUUGUUUUUCCAGCUGAGGGGAGACAUGUGUCUGAAGGUGAUUGAAAAUGGCACCCACAAGGACGUACACAUCAAAGAAGGCGAGAUGUUUCUGCUCCCAGCUCGAAUCCCCCACUCUCCGCAGAGAAAGGCCAACACCGUUGGACUGGUGGUGGAGCGAAGGCGACUGCUGACUGAAACUGACUGCCUGAGGUACUACGUGGAAAACACCACAGAUGUCCUGUUCGAGAGAUGGUUCUACUGCGAGAAUCUGGGGACACAACUGGUUCCGAUUAUCAAAGAAUUCAUGGCAUCAAACCAGGCUAAGACGGGUAAACCGGAUCCAGAUGAAGUUUUCAGAGAGCCUCCGUUCCAGAUGAAUACCAUGAAUGUGAUGACACCGUUUUCCUUCAAGGACUGGCUUAGCAAACAGAGGCCAUCUUUGGCUAACGGCAGGCCCAUCAACAUCUUUGGAGCUCAGUUUGAGACAGAGGCAAUGGUGUUUGGACCUGGACUUACAGAGACCUCAGUCCAGCAAACUGAUUUGUGGAUUUGGCAAAUGGAGGGAUCUUCAACAGUGAUCAUGGCGGAGCAGUCGUUUAAUUUGACUUCAGGAGAUAGUUUGCUCAUCCCCGAACAGAGCCAGUACAAGUGGCAGAGGAGUGAGGGGACUGUGGCCUUGGUUGUUGUGCAAAAUCCAGAGCGGAAGAGAACCGAAUUGUCACCUACACACCUUCAAAAUUCACUUAAAUAGCUAGAAGCAUUAUAGGUGUUAACUUUUUUAUCAAAACAUGCAUUUUAAUCACGACAUUGACAUGAAACUUACACCAGAGGUCAGUAGCAAACCAAGUAAUCCACACACUAAAAUGAGACCAAAACAAAUCAUUCCACAAUUUCAACUCUGAUGAUACAGGGAGAAAGUAAUAAACUUACUGAAGUUUAUCAGCAUUAGCAGAAGAGCCUCCAGCUUUUUUCUUUCUUUGCAACCAAGAAAGAGUUUUCAUGUGGGUUUCAUCUUCAGCUCUUUAAUGAAAAACACAUACUUCCUUUAAUUACCUGUUUCCCAACACUUCAUGCUCAAAAACAACCUCUCAUCUUCUUGUUCUUUCAACAAGAAGAUAUUCAAAGAACAAGUUUCACUCCAGAUUCUCCUGCAAACUAUCUUAAUAUUUUAUUGACUUUCCUAAAUACUGUGUAGAAAACUUUAAAAAAUAUUUGUCAUGGGUUUUCUUUACUAGUGGAGUAAGUAAGUAACACAGUAAGUUAUUCAAUUGCAGUUGAGUGGAUAUUUCUUUUGAAAUGAAGUUUCAGAGAAAUACGUUUUGCAAUAAUGAGGUUGUGAAGUUCUUAAGAGCUUCUUGGUUCGACCCAUCAUGUUUGUUCAGUAAUGAGGAAACGUUUUAUAGACGAUCACUGCAUAGUAAAUUUUUGAUUAAUAUUAGUCAGACCUGAUAAAAGGUGAUUUUUGAGCUUUUUUCUUGACUUUCUAAGAAGUCCAACACAUUUUCUAUGUAUUAUUUUACUUAAUUAUUCUUAAAUUAAUUCAUGGACUUGGAUUGUUAAUGACAUCUGGGGUGAAUUCUGCACAAACAUCCUUAUAGACGUAUGUUUACUAAGAAAAACAAUAACUUCUACAAAGCGCUUUGUAUAAUGGUAAUAAAUAAUGCAGAUUUAUUUUAGUCUUAUUAUUUAGUGAAGUUAAGCAUAAUGAAAGAAGAACUUGAUUCUGAAACUGCUGUCAGUUUUUAAGCUAGGAAGGAAUAAAAUGACAUCAGAUCA